AUGGUGGAUGAUGAAUUCCUCGAGAGACUGGGCAUAGAGAAGGGUACUAGAAAGGUCGUCAACCAUGAGGAGAGGGGACGGGUCUUGCGUGCCAUGGAUGGCUGCACCUACAAGGCCGCUGCCGGAGGCUCAUUGUCCAACUCGCUUGUGGCUCUAGCAAGGCUUGGUAGUAGUCGGGCCAGCAGCUACCCUGAGCUUAGAAUAGCAAUGGCCGGCAGUGUGGGCAGUGACCCACUUGGUAGUUUCUACAGGCAAAAGCUGCAUCGUGCUAAUGUGCAAUUCUUGUCCAAGCCGGUCAAAGAUGGGACUACUGGCACUGUGAUUGUUCUAACAACUCCAGAUGCACAGCGAACUAUGCUUGCUUACCAGGGUACCUCUUCAACUUUGGCUUACGAUUCAGACUUGGCAGAGAUAGUAUCCAGGUCAAAUUUACUGAUAGUGGAAGGGUACCUUUUUGAGUUUAGUCAUACAAUUGAAGCCAUCAAGCAGGCAUGUGAAGAUGCUAAGAAGAAUGGUGCACUUAUUGCUGUUUCGGCAUCAGAUGUGUCAUGCAUCAAGCGUUGCCACAGUGAUUUUUGGGACAUCGUAGGGAACUAUGCAGACAUACUGUUCGCCAAUGCCAACGAAGCAAGGGCAUUCUGCGAGCUAACCUCAGAAGAGAGCACGGUCUCAGCUGCGAGAUACUUGAGUCAUUCUAUCCCUCUAGUGUCUGUUACAGAUGGUAUGCAUGGUUCUUACAUCGGUGUGAAAGGUGAAGCAAUAUACAUCCCCCCGCCGGCAUGUAUACCUGUGGACACCUGCGGAGCUGGUGAUGCAUACGCAUCAGGAAUCCUGUACGGUAUCCUCCGGGGCGCAUCGGAUUUGAAGGGCAUCGGCCUGCUGGCGGCCCAGGUAGCCGCUGUUGUCGUCGGGCAGCAAGGCACGCGCCUGAGGGUUAAGGAUGCUGACAGGUUCCCAACUUAUGAUUUUUCCUCCCCCUCAAGUCCCAAGUCCUCGACAGGCGGCGACGAUGGGAACUACUGGGGGCCGAAGUGGGCUGUGCCCCCUUCUCUAGAAGAUCUCUUGAGCAAUUGUUUAGUUUUACCACUCAGACUCAGGUUCUAUAUAAAUGCUAAACCAGCACCUCCUUCCUUUGAAAAGCAUACUAGCAGCCCACUGUUUGUCACCUGGAAGAAGGCUACCAAUGGUUCCGAGCCACGCCUAAGGGGAUGCAUCGGAACUUUGGAGCCCCGUCAGAUUGUAAGCGGCUUCAAGGAUUACGCGCUGACCAGUGCCCUGAGGGAUCGGCGCUUUUCUCCGAUACAGUCCAAAGAGCUGCCAUAUUUGGAAUGCACAGUUUCUAUAUUGACUGAAUACGAAACUGCACUCAACCACCUUGAUUGGGAGGUUGGAAAGCAUGGUUUAAUUAUUGAGUUCACCGAUCCUGACUAUAAUGUAAGACGGAGUGGAACUUAUUUACCUGAGGUUGCUGCCCAUGAAGUCCUGAGAUACCUGGCAGGAUGGACACAACUAGAGACCAUUGACUCGCUCAUGAGGAAGGCUGGCUAUAAUGGCACCAUCACCGAGUCUUUGAGGAAGAAAAUCCGCGUCACCCGCUACCAGAGUACCCUGUACACCAUGCACUAUGGUGAAUAUACUGCAUAUGUCAAGAAGAACAGAGGUGAAAUUAACGGGGCACCCAUAGUUAAUGGAUUCAAACCAGGCCAGUGA